AUGAUUGAAUGUCAUGUAGCCCUCUAUAUAAAUUCAGUUGCCGCUGCGAGGUCAUGGCAGUUCAAAAUCUAUCCUUCCAUUAAUAAAUCCUGCAGUAGCAGCAUCCAUACUCACCUCUUGAUCCCUCCUGUUUUAUACUCCGGCGCUGUCAACAAGACCCAAUUUUCAAAUACAAAUCAAACAUCAGGUCCCGAAAAUCCAGCCUCGCCCUACAAAAAGAAAGUCUUGCUCGCCAGCAUAAUGUCUUCCAGCCAGCGCCCAUACGCCGUGCUUUACCAUCAAUACAAGCCGAGAAACUGGUUUGACGGAUAUAACGAAUACAUUAUCUCAGCCUCAAAGGGAGUGCCAUCCGGACGCACUUAUGAGUUCAUCGCGGACGAAUGCAACGAAUAUUAUCAGCAACAGGGUGUCGACAUCGAGAUCGACGCCGGAUGGGUGCAAAUCGUCUGGAACUAUGAGCAGGAACGGAUCCACGGGAGAGAUUAUAUUGAGGGUUGA